AUGUCUAGCAAUGAUGACGACAAGGUUGAUUUCAAGAUGAUUAUGGAAGGUAUAAAUAAAAGGAAAACCCUGGUGGUAUUGAUAUGUGUGAAUUGCCCCUCAGUUGCUAUAGUUGAUACCAUUGAGGAACAUCUGAUUUCCGGUGGAGCUAAGUUUCUAUUUUUGAAGCCAGAUGAAGUGACUGCCUUAUACUUGGUGCUAGUUGCGCUUCAGGACUUACGUCAGGUUCACAGUGAAUCUUUCAAUGAGCUUGUUAUCUAUGGCAUUGAUAGUUGUUACAUAGACUCUGUGCGCCUGGUAAAGUUGUUGAGCCAAGUUGCUCUGCUGGGUGGUAGUUUGGCAGGUCCAAAGAAGUGCAAGGCAGAAAUGACACUAAGUAAGCUAAAUAUUCGCAAAAUGAGUAGCCUGUACUAA